AUUCUUGGUAAAAUUAUCUAAAAAUAAGAGUUUUACAAAAUAGAGAUUGCGAAAACCGAUAGGAUUUUACUAAAUGAUAACCAAUAUCCCCUUAAAUUACCCCGCAAUCGUCAGCAAACAACUAAUGUAAAAAUUUAUUUCGUAUAAUUAAUAGUUUCAUGCCAUGAGGACCCGACUGCCAUGAUUGAUUCAAGCGUCGUUUCGGGUUUGUUGAACUAAAAUAGUUUUCAAAAAUGUGGAAAGUUUGGGCGAAAAGAUACAAGCAGCUUCUAGUAAUAAGGAUUAGUGAUCCACGGCUUCCCAAAAUUUGUGUGAAAACCUAAACAUAAUUCAGUUUAUCGGUGAAAUUUCGGUUUGACAAGCAACUAGAUUGCAGCAUUCGCCAUAGUUGUAUUCUACCAAUUGUUUUCGAACAUUUGCUUUCUUUUCGAGUGUGAAACGGUUUUGAAAAUGGUUAUUGUGGAAUGACGAGACUUAAAACCAUGUGUUGUGUGCUGAGCUUGUUAAUUUAUUAAUUUGAAAAAUUAAAAAGGGUUCUUUGUUGUCAGCUAUAGCCAGAUGACCUUGAAAAAUAUUAACCUUUUAAAAAUGUCUGGUCCAUUCUAACCUUAUAAGUUUGUUUACAUUUUUAAGUAAAUUAUAGGAUAGGAUUAUUUGGACUGUAGGCUAGACAAUCAUCCUUAAAAUGUAAAAUAAGGAUAAAACAGAAAUCUUUUCAAUUGUCAGAUCAUGUUGACUGAUAGGUCCAACCAUCUUAAACCAACUCUAAAUUGGCAUUGAUCAUAAUGGUUGUGGAUGUAUCCGUUAGACCUUUAAAAAUGCAACCCACUGGUAUGAACCCCAAAGAAUUGUCAGACAAUGAUGAUACUGCUACUUCACUUGUCUUGGACCCCCAUUUGGGAUUCACUACCCAUAAAAUGAACGUAAGGUUCCGAGCACCUAGGGCCAAUAAUACAGAGUUGAAAAAUAUAGUUGAAGAGUUUAUAAAAAACCAAAAUUAUGAAAAGGCCUUCGCUAAGAUAUCCAGGGGUGAUUGGUGGCCCAGGAUUAAAUCAAAAAUGCAACAAAAAAAGCUUGAGGAUCAUAUAUAUCGUUAUCUAAGGGUGUUUGAUAAAGAUUCUGGAUUUGUGAUAGAACCUUGUUAUAGAUAUUCCUUGGAGGGACAGAAAGGGGCAAAGAUAUCAGCUACACGAAAGUGGUACAAAAACGAAAAAAUAGAACGUUUAGUUGGUUGUAUAGCUGAAUUAACUGAAGAAGAGGAGAAACAGUUACUUCAUCCUGGAAAGAAUGAUUUUUCUGUUAUGUACAGUUGUCGAAAGAAUUGUGCACAGUUAUGGUUAGGUCCAGCAGCAUACAUUAAUCACGACUGCCGCGCCAACUGUAAGUUCGUAGCUACAGGCCGUGACACAGCAUGCGUCAAAGUACUGCGUGACAUUGAAGCGGGCGAAGAGAUCACUUGCUUCUACGGCGAAGAUUUCUUCGGCGACAAAAACUGUUACUGUGAAUGCGAAACCUGUGAGCGGCGCAAUACGGGCGCGUUCGCCAAAGAAACAGACCAGCAAGAGGAAAACGGUUACAAACUCCGCGAAACGGACAAUCGCAUCAAUCGAACUAAAGUAAAAGUACAGGGUAGUAAAAUAGUUAAUUGCCACGAACAGUUUUCCCCCGACAACGGUAAAAUAAUCAGUCCGUUGAGCAUGAAGGAGCUGCGUCAAAAAGGCCUGACCAAAUAUGACGCUGAGCUCCUCAUCGCUCAAGGAUGUAAAUUUUCUGACAUAGCGGAAUUUAAUCGUAAGCGUGAUGUACAUACUAAUACAAAUAAACAAAUAAAAAAGUGUAGUACUAAUAGUAGUAAAAAUAAAAAGUCUGUGAUACAAGAUACCAUAAAUGCAACCAAUACUAGAGAGUCGCGUAUGCAACGGAGACAAGCUAGACAAGCGAAUUUAGAGCUGAUGCAGAGUGCUCCUAGAACUAUUUCAAGAUCGAAUCUCCUAGAUGAUUUGCAGAGUAACGCUAGUAGCUGCCCUAGUACUUUCAGUGAUACUGAACCUGCGUGUGAUGCUGGUUCUCAACAGGAUAAGUUCAAUGAUAGUCAUGAAAGUGGGAAUGGAAUCAAUCCUAUAGAUAUGGACGAAAAAGGGGCAGUGAUGGAAGGCAUCACGUUACGCAAUCACAAACGACUCAGCGACCCAGUUCCAGACAUAAUUCCUUGUACACCUUCCGAAGAUCUACAUCCGAUUAUACAUCCUCAAACGCAAGUAGACUGCAACCAAAAUGGCAUGCCAAAUGUCAACCACAUCACACAUGACACCAAACUUUUGACAGACGUCGAACUAGAGACAAAUGUCGAAUUAGAGACAGAAAUCAAAGUGAUGUCUGAAAUUAAAGAUGAUAAAGUGAUAUCAAAGGACACAUCGGAGUACCAAGAAUCGUCUAGUGAUAAUUUUAACAUUACGAUAAAAAGGAGGAACUCGAAUCGACCAAGUACUCCCAUUGAAGAAGCUAAAUGUGAUGAAAAAAGCGAUAUUUACGAAUUUAACGAUGAUGAAGAUAUUACGGAUGAAGCUGUGUUAUUGCGUAAAAGUAAAAUUGUACAAGAUAGUAGUGAAAAUCAUACACAUAUGAGAGAAAAGUCUGAACAAAUGCAUACUGCCGUUGAGACCAGCAAUUGGAUUAAUAGAGAAAUAAGAGAAAGCCCACCAAAGUGUGUUCAAGUACCAGUAGAACAGAAAACCCCAGAGAAGUGUGGCGGCCGAUUAAAGUUGACUCUCCGCAUGAAGCGCAGUCCAGUGUUGGACGAGGUUAUAGAAUCCGGAAAUAGCUUAAGCGAGGAUUACUUCGAGCCCGAAUAUGAAGUACUUCGAGUGGAAGGAGUAGAUAAUAUUGCAUGUACACCGUUUUCGCACAGGAAAAAGAGGCACAAAGCGAAGGAGAGGAGACGUGAGAAAAGACAUAGGUUAGCUGAAGCAGCCCUGCCACAGCUCCCCAUGAAACGCUUAAAGCUUAAAUUCGGCAAUGAGAGCCACACUAUUGACAUCCCGUCCACUAGCACUAAUUGUCAUACAUGAUAAGAACCUGACGAAUCUUGUGGUUGAGACUUUUUCGAAAAGUGAUUGUAUUGAGAUGACCGCGCCAUCGCGUAGGUUGAGAUAGGCAAAGAACAAAUUAGAUAAUCUCGAGAAUGAGAGGUUGUUUAAUUAUUGCUGUUUCGUUCAACCUUACCGAUGUAGGAAUGUUUAGUGUAUGGCUAUACUAUCAUAUAGGUACACUUACAGACAAAAAUAUUGCUUAUUUUAUUUUCAGUCUGUUUGUGAAUAAUAUUUUCUUCUUUUUGAAAAGUUUUGUACUUUUUAUUGCUAAAUAAGUUAUGCUGGACGAUUUUACGUAUAUUCAUUGUUGACAUGUAGUGGUAAUCAAUUGUAGAUGUACAUGUGCAUUAUACAAAAUUCCAAAAAACAUGACAUGACAGCUGGCAACUGAAAAUAUGACUUAUACCAAAUUCUUCUUUCUUAAACAUGGAACGUUAUAUUAAUAUUAUUACAAUUAUUGUGAAGUACUGAAGAGCUACAACAAAUAUGUACUAUGUGUAGAGAAAUUAAUGAAACAGUCUGAUUUUGCUUAUAACAGAAAGAUAAACAAUAACGACAGUAACACUUUUUUACGGUAACAUUUUAACAAUUUAGUAUUUAGUAUUUCUUCCUCUAGCUCUAGUAAUAGCUUGCACCCUUUUAGGCAUGUUUCGCAGGUCUUGGAUGGUGUCUUGCGGAAGUCGAUUCCAUCCCUCUUGGGCAGUGGUCCCUAAUUCUGAAAUUGAGUUUGGAGCUGGAUUUCUGGCUCGUAUCCAUCGUUUCAAGAUGUCCCUUACAUGUUCUAUUGAAGUUGUAUCAGGACUCAUUGGUGGUAAAUCUAGAGACUCAAUCCCAACAUCCUCAAGAUAUUAUAUGACUGUUCCUGCGGCAUGCGCAGGUAGUAUGAUACAGUUGCUCCAAAUAAUGGCAUAACCCAGACAUCCAAAGUGAAAGUUAUCCUCCAACACCAAAUUGUUCUAUAUUCUAUAUGGUCCACGUAAUGUUCAGCAAAAAGUCACACCAUUUUGAGCGUCGGGUUUGGGGAGGAGAGAGGGUAGAAAUCGGUAAAUUCGUAGUUUUUUACGUUUUUACGUGAAAAAUAAUUUCAAAACACUUUUCGUUCGAUAAUUUAAUUUGUUUGGUCUGGGAUGACAUUUUGACCUUUUUAUUUUUAUCAAAGAGCGAAUACAUGUGUUAAGUGUUUAUAUAGUCAAAAUAUGUGGCAAAUUUGUCAUUAAGAUUCAAUUUAAUAGUACUUUAACGACUUAAUAAUCACCUCAUAAUUUUCUCGGAUUAUGGGAAAUCCCUUCAAUCAGAUUAUUUUAAUCUUUUCUGUAGAAUUUUGAGCUAGUAAUUAAAAAACAUUAGUAAGUAUACCGCUAAUUACAAGCACAAACUUAAAAUGAAUUAGCGAAAAUAUACAAAAAACUUGUGUUAAACCUCAAACUAUAAGGCGCUUAGGUGAUGCAGGACUUUUUAACACCACUGUACAUUAACUUGUUAUGUGAUCAGUAAUUCAUUUUUGAGAUUGGGAGCUGUAAGUGUACGAUUUCGCAAAGAUUGAAGUCUCAAAUAUUGUUCAUCUCUUGGCGUUGUAUUUCUUUUUUGUCCUUAACCGGGUCGCCGAUUAUAUUUUUCUGUCUCAUUGUAUCACUUUAUUAUACGAGAAACAGUAGAUUGAUGAGUACGCAGUCUCUGCGCAAUAUCGUCUGGUCUAUAACCCUCAUUGACUACAGUAAAAAUUUGAAUACACACUAACUCGCUUGAAUGUGGCAUAUCAGCAAGAAAAUUACAGAAUCAAAAAAUAAAACUCUCCAACUGACAUUUCAAUACCAAGAAACAAAACAAGAAUCGGUGUAAGUUGCCAAGGCACACUUGUUAGUUUGUGGCAUUAUUGCUUGUUGGACUAUAAAAACUAUAACAAAACAAGAAUCAGUGUAAGUCGCCAAGGCACACUUGUUAGUUUGUGGCAUUAUUGCUUCUUGGACUAUAAAAACUAUGUCGUAAGUAUUCUUGUGUCUCUAAAAAAUGGUAAUACAGUGGAACCCCUUCGUGCCAAUCAAAAGUAUUCCUAUAACUGGGAUAUUCUAAUAACCGAUCAUUAGUGGCUAGUAGAAACGUUUUGGGACCUCAAAUUUAUAUUCCUUAAAGCGGAAUAUUCCUGUAACCGGUAUUCUAAAUAAGCUGGUUCGACUGUAUACGUAAAACAUUCCAGCAUAACACAUUUCAGGAAUAAAAAAAACUUGUAACAUUUCAAAACUAAAAAAUAAAAUAAUGAUUGAAGAUUUUUUUUAUUUAAUUGAAGAUAAAACGUGCAAUAUUUUUGUCUCUGAGUAUAUUUUUUUAAGUAAACUGGAAACAAGAAAAUCAUUAAAACACAAAUUUUAUGGACGUACUAAGAAUGUUACUAAUUUAAAGGUGUGAUAUUCGGUGUUCUGCUUUCUGUGAUUGUACAAUUGUACUAUAUCUACAUUUUUUUAAUUUUCCGCUGCAUAUUUUAAAAAAAAUUUCUUUUUUUUACCAUUAAACCCCCUUUAAAUGGUACGUAAUAUUUUACAUUCGGCAAUACAUACUGCUAUAGUCCUUUUCAUGACCAUUUUUCAGUGCGUAACAGUUUUUCGAUUUCUCUCUAACGCAUUAAAUUGUAUGUGACAGAAAAAAGGCACGUCGGUGAUUACAGACAUUUAUAACAUUUCUUCUAGUUAUUCUAGUUGUCGAUAGAUGGCGCCAUAAUCAAAAAAGAAUUAUUUAUUAAAGAAAAUAAUAAUAUUAUCAAUAUAAUCUGUACAAUUUAUAAGACUAUACAAAUCAAAGAAAAUACCAUUUUAUAAAUGCAAUAGACACAAUUGAUUUGUUUUUAUUCCAAAUUGAAAAAACAAUGUGACAACUGUCAGAUUUAACUAAAAUGUCAUGUUAGAAUAAAUGUCAUAAAUGUGUAUUAUCACGGACUUACCUUUUUUUCUAUAAUUUGUGACGCACUGAAAAAUGGCCAUGAAAAGGAGAAUACUUGUCUCGAACCAUAAAUUUUAGCUAGCCCUAAAUCAAGGUUUCAUUUAUUUAUAUAUUUCUUUUCUUUCAUUAUAUAAAUGGCAUUUCUUUUAUAUAUACAGCUUUUAAAUAUAUUAAAAAAAGCUUACAACCUUGGUCAAUACAAUUUUUAGAAAGAAAAAAGUAUAUUGCAAGUUGAUGCCAUACAUUAAACAGUUCUAAAACACAAAACAGUAUUUAAAUUCAACAAAGAGAUGUCUUUUAUUUAGAAUUUACUUUUAAUAUAAAUUUUAUUUUGUAUUUUAACAUAUUUCGAGGAUUCACAGUAGAGUAUACGCCAGUGGCAUUUAAUUUUCAUACUCUUCUCAAUUUUAUUUCACUGAAACGCAAAGUGAAUGUCACAACCGAUUUGAAACAGUCUUAUAUGGUGAAGAUAACAAUGAAGUUCUUUCUUCGUCCUGGACUGCGUUUGCCUGCUAUCUUCCUUUGCAUAUUUUGUAGCAACCUAUAUUUGGGACCUCCCAUUACAUCUUUCUCUUCUUAUAGACCAGAGCAUCUGUAAAAAUAUUAGUACAUUUGGACGUUGAGAGGUGACUCAUAUUUUUUUGCAGAAAUUGCUUGCAAAUAACUCAUGUAAUAAUAAUUGAGUUAUCCUCCCAGUCUAAAAGGUCCGGAACAUUGUUUAAAUAAUCAAAAUGUCAAAAAAUGAAUGAAAAAUUAGAUUUUUUUCUUCGUUUUUUGAUUAUAACUUUAAAAGUAUUCAUUUCCGAGAAAAGUUGCACUGACAUAAAAGUUGAGUAAUUAAAUUUCCUACAAUAUAGCAUUGGUUAAAAUUUUUUAAAAUGGUCACCCUUGUUGCAAAAUAGAAAUAAUUGCGAAAAAAUUACAAAAAAACAAGUAUUUGCAUUUUACGUUUUUCAACCAUUUGUGCUACAAUUAGGACCUUCAUAUUUCACCCAGAAAAACUGUAUGAUACAAUAAAACAAUACUGUACAUUUCAUUAAGAUUGGCUAAACAGAUUUUGCAAAAUAAAUUUUGCAAUCCAGCUUUCCCAAAAAAAUGCAUUUUUUCAAAAUGUUGCAGGACUGAAAAUAAAGCAGACAACAAAUUAAUUUUUUUUACAUAUAGAAGAAUACUUUGCCUUUCAUUUACAAUUUGCAAAAUUAAAAUCGGGUAACUACCACGGCGUCAGGAAUUUUUUUAAAAAACAAUAAUUUUUGGUGCUACGCGCAUGACAGCGGAUACAUUUGCUCUGAUUGGGCAUUCCAAUGACCUUUGAUAAUGAUUGAUAAAUUUUAAUUUUUAGUACAGUUCGAUAUAAAUAAAUAAAUUUAUUUAUUGCAAAAUAAAAACACAUACUCUGUCCUUUGAAACAAUACUUUUUUUAGCAAAAACUUUCUUUGUUCAUAUAUUUUAAUUUGGAGAAUAAAAGUUUAUUAUUUUUAAACAUAUGCAAUUGUUUAAACAAUAUUUUACAAACAAUAAUCAAAUUAGUUUGAUGUUUGUGGAAUUAAAAUAUUAAAAUACAACAAAAUAUAGGGUAAGAAAAUAAUAUAUUAGAUAAACAUUGGUAGCCACAAUAUUCGAUCAUUUUUGACAGGUCAUUGGAAUGCCAUAUCGGAGCAAACGUAUCCGCUGUCCUGUGUGUAGCACCCAAUAUUAGUGUUUAUUUAAAAAAAUCCCUGACGCCGUGGUAGUUAACCGAUUUUAAUUUUGCAAAUUGCCAAUGAAAGGUACGGUACUCUUCUAUAUGCAAAAAAAUCAACUUGCUACAUGCUUUAUUUUCAGUCCUGCAACAUUUUGAAAAAAUGCAUUUUUUUACGAAAGCUGGAUUGCAAAAUCUAUCAAACCGAUCUUAACGAAAUUUACAGUAUUGUUUUAAUAUAUCAUAAAGUUUUUCUGGGUGAAAUAUGAGGGUCCCAAGGGUAGCAGAAAUGUUUGAAAAACGUAAAAUGCGAAUACUUAUUUUUUUAUGGUUUUUUCGCAAUUAUUGCUAUUUUGCAACAAGGGUGACAAUUUCUAAAAUUUUUAACCAAUCCUAUACUGUAGGAAAUUUUUAUGUCAGUGCAACUUUUCUCGGAAAUGAAUACUUUUAAAGUUAUAAUCAAAUAACGAAGAAAAAAAUCGAAUUUCUCCUUCAUUUUUUGACAUUUUGAUUAUUUAAACAAUGUUCCGGACCUUUUUGAGCGGGAGGAUAACUCAAUUACUAUUAUAUGAGUUAAUUCCAAGCAAUUUCUGCAAAAAAUAUGAGUCACCUCUCAAAGUUCAUCUUAAACCAGAUGCGCCCUGGACCGUUAGUGCUUUUUAUAAUCUCAGUAGUCUUUAUAAGACAGUCUAGUAUUGUGGAGUUUCGAAUCUUCUUCACCCAAGAAACUUUUAAAAUUCUUCUUUAGCACCACGUUUCGUAGAUCUCAUUGGGAUUUAGAUCACUUUUAUUCACAGUUCAAUACUCUACACUCUACACCAUAAAGUAUGACCAACAACACGUAGCAGCAAAGUAAGAGGAUCCGCAAUGCCAAUUUUACAUCUCUGUUUCAUAAUAGCUUGGACAUCCUUCUAAAAGCGGAUCUGGCCUGCUAAAUUCUGGAUCUAAUUUCACCGUUACAAUUUAAUUGUUCUCUUCUUCUUGUUAAGGUGCUGUGCAUUUCUGCAUAGGCGUCCACUUUACAUUGGCUUGUCAGAUGAGAUGUUAGAUAGUCAGGAUUAAAUAAUUCUGCUUUUAGCAGCAUUGCGAAGCAUUUCAUAGCUGUGUCACAGCAUAAUAAACGAAACCAGCAAGGACACACUACGAUGCCGCCUUUGAAGUUAAAACGUACGGAACCGACAUUGAUCGAGUAGUACAUCUCAGUGGUGAUGUGGUGCAUUCGUACAUCAGUGUUGCCGAUGUCACUAUAUGAAAUUAUAUUAAGCCACUGCUAAAAUGAUCAGAUUUUGCCAAAAAUUAUGUUAAAAUUUUUGAUCUUGGUAGUUUCUAAGGGUAAUAAAAAUACAUUAAGAAAAAAGUUAGUUUAUUCAACUUAACUUAUUAAUUCAAAAAUACUUGUAACAAAAUUAUAUGUAAUAUCAUAUAUUAUACUAUAAUAAAACUACAUCUGGAACGCUUUCAAAUAAAAUUUCCUCAUCCUCAUCUUGUGAAAAUGAAGACUUUAUGCGAUUAAAAUAAUUUAACAUUUUUUUUUCUAUUUGAAAGGAGUAACAUUCUUUUACUCCUUCACUUUCGCCAACACUAAUUUAAUAUUUGCUCACAGAUCGCAUUUAACCCUCGUAAGGCGGUGCUUAGAUUCUUACGUAAACAACGGUGCGGGGUGCAUUUGCACCCCAUCUGUAUAUCCAUUUUUUUAUAUGUGGACGUCGGGAAAAUUAAUUUUAAAGAUAAUUAGGACUUGUUUAUUAUACUACAAAACAAAAUUUUAAAAAGAAAGUACUAAUUUCUUUUAAAAAAAAAAUUGUUAUCGUUGCAAGACAAACACAUGAAAGAGUGAGCAACACAAAGUGUUUACACACAAUACAGUUAUGCCGGGACUUUCGGUCUAUUUUCUCUUACAUAAGUAACAGCGAACUUGUCCCGUAGCUCUGUUAGUUCCAGGUGGAACAUCAGAAACGUCUAAUUCAGGAUAUGAAAUUUUCAUCAUUUGCACCCUACCGUCAUUUUUCCAAAAAAGCACGUAAACGCAAAGAGUUUUAAAUGCUGUAAUGGGUGUAAUGCGUUUAGAAUUGAAUAUAUCGCGAAUAAAAAAAUGGACCAAAAUCAAAAAAUUAUUAAAAAAGAUAGGUAAGAAAAACGAGGUCUGGGGUGCAGCUGCACCCCGCACCGCCUUACGAGGGUUAAACGUCGAGAGACAACGAUAUCUAAGAAAACGUGAUUUUUUUAUUUCUGCAUUGCUGCAGUAUCAGUUAUUGCACUAACCUUAUUACCCGUAAGAGAUUAUUUUUGAAUAUUUUCUGGAAUUUCUGCAAAAAAUUAACAAUACAAUCGCCAUUCAUCGUCAAUAUUUUGUGUUAUGUCCCAAUUAUUGACAUAAUUCCCACAGGCAUAUGUAUAAAAUUAUGUUAAAUAAUAUUUAUUAUCAGAAUGUCAUAAAAGUUAAGUAAAUCUGAUAAUUAUGUACAAAUCGGCAACACUGUCGAUUUUAUACACUGUCUGGUACUACGCGAAAAAUGGCAGACGAUCUGCGCGGUAAUAGUGCGCGAACUUUUCCCGCCUUCUAGUGUGUCACUGCUGUUGCGUUUUCUAUGCUGUGGCUGUGUAUUCCUGUCCAUUGGCGAAUAUUAAGCAGCCAUGACAUAUUUUUUACAUCCCAGACCCCUCUUACCCCUCUUAGCUGUUCUCUAAGUUAAAUAAUUUGAUCAACUUGCUCAAAUUUGAUACUGAUGGAUAAGUACUGGAUGUGUAACUGGAUUUCCUGAACUAACUACACAAUUUUUCUAUAAACUUUUAUUUAUACACAAUUUUACAAAUACUGUGAAUCACUGAAUAAAUAAAUGUUGCAAAAAAAUGAAAUGAAUGUUGCUGAAACAUUUUCCGUGGUAUACAUCAAGUGUAGUGGGGAGAAAAGAACGUGUUUUCAGUGUUUUCUCUUUUAUAUGCUGAUUCGCAUCGGAGAAAAAUACAUGUUGAAAUGAUAGAUGUUCAUUGGUGUAAUUAAUGUACCUAUAAUGGAUGUUGUUAACACUGUAAGAUCUUCAUACUAUACUUGUAAAACUGUUUUCAUUUUAAAAAAUAAUCAAAAUUAUAAUAUUUGCAUGUGGAUUUUACAAAAACUUGCGUUUAUUUUUAAUAUGUAUCCAUUAUUAGAUAUCCAUAAAUAUCAUCAAUUUUUAUUUAUACGCACAACAGGCCGUUAAGACCAAGGGUAUUUUUAUAAUACAAAAUCGUAAGAUUAACUAAUUAUAAUUAUUUUAAACAAAACUCGCACUUAAAACUUAAGUACAUAUACAGGGUAGCGAGAAUGUAUGGAAACACGGUGAUUUCUUGGAAACCGCUCGAACGAUUUUUAUAAAUUUUGGUGGGUAAUGGUCUUUUAAUGCGGCCGAUAUUAUAGUGGUAAUUACAUUGUUGUUAAAUCUUCCGUUUCUUUGGAAAUCUAAUGAACUUUCUUAUUUUAAAUAGAACACACUGUAUAUUUUUUACGUUUUGAAGUCCUUAAGAAAUACUGAUUAUUUUCCAUGUUAUGUUCACUAUACCUAAAUGCCAUAAUUUCGGAGUUCUUCGGAGCCUCAUCGGAAAGAACGUAGACUUGUUCUCCAUACCCCAAUUGAUCCGCACUGAGAGGUUUUCCCACCCAUUGCAACUGAAGUGAAAAUAUUAGGUGACUAGCGUCAUCUGGCAAUUAAAAGAUGAAGUUUUCGAUCCUAAUAGCAUUAUUAAUAAUAUUUAGAAAAUAUUAAAAUAUUACUAAAAGAUUUUUAAAUCGAAAACUUAUUGGUCCAUUUCCUUGGUAACACCUCCAAGGCUUCUAAAAUUUGCAAGCCAAAUGGAUGCUAAAGCGAAGAAGACAAGAGGGAAUUCAAAAAACUUACAAUUCACGACCCCGUCUGUUCAGCUGGUAAAUUCCAACAGAAAAUGGACCUAGUUACUCGAAGGAGUAAAGACCAAUAUAAAAAUAAAAUAAAAAAUUUAUUUUUAAUUCAGUUGCAAUGCGAAGGCAAAACAAUCUUACUUUUCAAUUAAAAUACGGAGCGCAGUCCAGUCCCUUGAAUCGCGAUUUUCGGCUCUUAUUGGAGCCUCAUCGGAAAGAACGUAGGCUUGUUCUCCAUACCCCAAUUGAUCCGCACUGAGAGGUUUUCCCACCCAUUGCAACUGAAGUGAAAAGUGCGGAUUAAUUGGGGUAUGGAGAACAAGCCUACGUUCUUUCCGAUGAGGCUCCAAUAAGAGCCGAAAAUCGCGAUUCAAGUGACUGGACUGCGCUCCGUAUUCUAAUUGAAAAGUAAGAUUGUUUUGCCUUCGCAUUGCAACUGAAUUAAAAAUAAAAUUUUUAUUUUAUUUUUAAUUUAUUAUAAUUUUUGUACCUUUGGAUUUGUCUACCUCGGGAAUAAGAUAAUAAAAGUAAUAUUUACAGUAUUUUUAUACUUCACUUGGUCUAUUUGACACAUUGUCCGAGAAAUCUUGUAGUCCGCACCCGCACAAACAAAAGGAGUAUAGCUCAGUGGUAGAGCGUUUGACUGGAGAUCAAGACGUCCCCGGUUCGAAUCCGGGUGUUUUCUAUUUUUUUUUUAAUUUUUGGUAUUGUUUUAAUAAAAUUGAUUGGAAAGUAGUAGGUAAAAAUUAGUUUAAUCUUUAAAUAAAAUAUAAAUAAACUGUUCGAAAGUAUAUUUAUUUCGUUGAAAUCAUAUAAUAGAAGUAUAACUUCUUGCGUGCGUACAAAGUACACGCACACAUUCUUUUUUUUUCAAGAUUUCUGGCUUGUUUUUCAAUUCACGGAACAGUUCUUCAGAUGCACGUAAGCAAUUUUUAACAUACUAACUUGGAAUUUUCUCGGCGCUGCUAGAACCUGCACGACCAGGGGUGUAGCAAGGCUGGCAUAACAAUAUCUGCAAAAGGAACUAAAGAGUCGCAUUUGGCUCGCGAGCCGCUGGUUGCUGACUCCUGGUAUAGUAUAUUCGGUGCUUUAGCCUUCCAACACAAUUUAAAGAAAUUUUAGAAUUUACAAUCCUGUUGCGGGUUGUUCGGUAUAAUAGCUUUUAGACGCAUGUAUGAUAUUCUAAAAUGGAUACAUUUUGUUAAGAAAUGCAAAUAAUUUUAACAAGGCGGACAUUUUUGGAAACGAUAAAUUUUAGUGUUUUGUUUAUUUUAGAGAAUUGCUUUUUUGUUCUAUGCCUACGAUCUUAAAUGUAUUGCUUAAAACAUUAUACUAGGGGUUUACUAAAAAACAGUUUAUCCCUCUUUGAAUAUUAAUAGUACUUUUAUUUUUUAAAUGUAUAAUGGUGUUGAUGAUUUGUUAGUACAGGAAUUUAUUGUUUUUAUAGUAAACAUCCUAACUCCGACAGAAAAUUUGUAACCCGAUCACAUUCCAAUUAUAAAAAUAUCUUUGGGUAUUAUCGGAAAGAUUGUUAAGUUAUAAGAACGUAUUAUUAUUUGUUUUAACUCUUACGAUAUAGUUUUUUAUGAUAAUUGAGGAUCCAAGGUAUAUUGGGCAGAUUCCUUAUAAAUCCCUAUGAUUUCACUGUUCCUGCAGUAACCUAGCGAUACUCUUAUUAGAACCUUUUUACCGUGUCAUCGUAUAAUAUACGUUUUGGGUUUCUCUUCCGCCAUCUUCUUGGUAAUUGCCUAUAGUACUCUAAUGUAAUUGGUUCUUUUGAAUUAUAUGUAGUGACAGUUUAGAGCAUAAUAUGCACCUUAUUGCGGUGUCAUAUUUUUGAGGACUAUCUUUAAACAGAAGAAUAGAAUAAAGAAAAAAGUACGACUUUGUAGCCCUUUUAAAAAAGUCUCGUGACUUUUAGGACUUUAAUAAAGCAAAACAUAAAAAACGACAAUCACGUUUUAGUCAUUUUUCUAAUGAUACCUCUAAAGGUAAAGGCUCUUGCCAGAUCAAUACUGUGGAUCGAAAUCAGUUCUCUAUCAGUUUUUACGGCAUUUUAUACUUUUGACUGUAAUCCACCUCCAGCGCGUAUCGACGGUAGUGGUAGCUUGUUGGUGGGAGUGCAGGCACACAAAAAUAGAGAGGAGGGCUAGGUGUCGGCAAGCGUUGACUGCGAUAUCGUUACAAAGUGGAAGCCUCCCUUGUAUGCUAACAGGCUAUGUCCACUUGAUUGUCCUAUUGAUUGGCUGCUUUUGUUUCAUUCAAGUAAUACAUAUAAAAAAUGGUUCAUUCUUCAUCUUUUAUUUUUUAAAGAGGAAACUGGACGUGUAUUUAGCCACUACUUCAUGGCAGAUAUCCAGUUUGCAGAUAUAAAAGAUAGAACGCAGAAAAAUCAAAAUUCAAUAGAUUUAAAAGUUAUAAACUAGUGACUUUGAUUUUUGUCGACAUUUUCAUAAUAUAAUGAAACUGAGAUUGCUCUGGUCAGAUAUAAAGGGUAUCCUCUUUUUUUUCGAAUAAUUUCUGUCUCAAAGAGUGGACCAAAUGGGUGAAAUGAAAAGUAAGCUUUGCUUCUCUUCACUAUUCUUCUUUGAAUUUCGGAUUCUUCUGUUCCAUCCGUGUUUAAUGCAACUCCCAAAUAUGUGAAACUUUCUACAGUUUCAAUAUCAUCCUCUAAUUCAACUGUGGAUCUGUUUCUUCUAACUCUUGCCUUUGCCAGCGUGCAAAGUACAUAUUGCCAUGAUGGUCUGCAACAUCCGAAACGGAUAGGUACUACAAGAUUGAACCAGGUUCUGAGGAUCUUUAACCAUGAUGUUCUUCUUCCUCGCUUUCCAAAUAUUUUUCUCUGCAGGAUGGCUUGUAGGAGGUCAUAUCUAGAUUAAUUUCGCAUAAUGCGUCGAAGUGUUGUAACUUUCGAGAUUUGAUGGUGGUCAGUAUCUCUGGGUUUUCUGAUAAUCUCCUCGUUUGUGACUCAAUUGUUCCACGGCAUUUUAACUAUUUUCCUAUGUAGCCACAUCUCUAAUGCUUCAAAUUUUCUGCACAUAUCUUCGUUCAAGGUCCACCAUUCACCACUAUAAAAAAGGGCAGAGAAGACGUAGCAUCACAAUAUUCUUAAACCGGGUCCAUACUAUGUAACAAAACAUGUUAAAUAACAAAGUUUCAUAACUUGUUACAGAAUUUUAAAUAAAUUUUUUUUAAAACGCCGUGUUGUAUAACAUUUUUCUGGUUAUAUAGCAUGUUUUAUGUUAUCCAACAGUUGUUGGUAAACAUCAAAGAAAGUUAUAAAACAUUGUUGUAAAACCGCAUCGCCACUGAUCUACAUUUAAUAUUGAAACAUUUCGUUUUUCUCUGGCUGGCAUAGUUCACGAGCAGCAACCAUUGGAGUCAUAUCGCCUUGUUCGUUCUUGAGUGAUUAUGCGCAUUUUGUUGUUUUGUUUUUUGUUAGUUAAAGCUAAGUUACAUAACAAAAUUGUACAACAAAUUUGUUGUAUAACUUUGUUAUUAACAUGUUUUGUUAUGUAAUCUGGACCCGGCUUUACUUUUAUGCCAAGCGAGAGGUUGUGGUUCUUGAAUAAGGCCCCCAUCCGGUUGAAGAUAGAUAGGUAGCUUUUUAGAUGCGCGCCUCUUAUCUGUUGGUUGUUGGUCCAUUCUUCAUUUAUUAUAGCGCCGAGGUGGUUGUAGUGCCUGAUUGUGUAGUGGUUGUAAUACCUGAUUUUGUUCACAAGGACUUGUAGAUGUUCUAAGUCCUUAUGGUGUCAUCUGCAUACCUGAUUCAGCCUGUACCCGUUUAGUAGAAUGCCUUUUUCAGUUUCAUACAAAGUUUCGAUAAAUUAUCUUUCAGAUCAGAGAUUGAAAAUUAGAGGAGACAAAAUACACCCAUGAUUUUUCACAUACUCGUAUUCUGUGUGUUCACCUUCAACUCUGAAAGUCUAAUGCGAGGAAAGGUUUCAAAUUAUUUUCAGAUCUUGGUUGUUAAUUCCUGCUUCUCUUAGUAUUUGCAUCAUCAUGACGUGCUGUACUUGAUCAAACGCUUUCUCGUAAUCAAUAUAACAUUAUAAGUAAAUUAUAAUUUUUAAGCCUAAUAGAUUCACUUCAUGUAUUUAUAAAUCAAUUUCAAUAACUCACCAUAACUACAUUUCUGAACUUUUUUCGAAUCUUCAGUAGGUUUUGCUUCAUAUAAUUUUCUAUUGUUCAAAUUGAUUUUAUGAAAUAAAGGAGAUAUGAGGGAUAUUUAAAGAGAUAUACAUACUUUUACUACAAAAAUUUCGGCUUUCCAAAUUAUCAAACGUUUUAACCUUGCUAUUGACUUAAGAAUCUUUCUAGGCAUACCACAUCCGAUUAGAAAAGUGGCGCAAGGUCUGUGGGCCGAAGACUGUAUUUAUUUAUUUUUAGUGUAAUUAGAAUGUAUAUGUACAGUGAUAAAAAUCUACGGUUUUAGUUCAAUUGUAGGAUAGUUUGAGAAAAAUGCGAUUAUUGUAAAUAGCUGAUUUUAUUUAUUUUUACAAGCAUUUAUCGUAAACAUUGUAUUAUUUUUAUAUAUAUUUUGGUUCUUAGUAUGGUUUUCAUACGCAAUGACAUACUGGAAGAUGUACAGAUUUUUUAAUUGUUAUUGUCAAAAUGUUCAACCUAAUGUAUUGAAUAAAAAGUCUCCAAUUAUACAAUUGA